AUGCACAGUAUAUGCAAUAGACAAAUCCAUUCUAAAUCCAAGUCUCACAUCAUUAGUUAUCACCAUGACGGCAACCAUAUUCUAUCUUCUCGCCGCCGUUCUCGCUGCCACCACCGGGACGCUGGUUGCCGGCGCUGGGGACGACGGCACGACGCACAUCCGCCUCUACAUUCACGAGACGUUCUCUGGCGCCAACGCCACCGCGGUCCAUGUCACAGACUCCCCGCUCGGGGGCAACUCCACGUACGGCACCCUCAGCGUCUUCGACGACGAACUCCGUCAAGGGUCCGACGCGGCGUCGCAGCUCGUCGGCCGCGCCCAGGGGAUCACCAUGCAGGCCGACCUGCAGGACUCCGGGGUGUUCUCCACGCUCCUCACCGUGGUGUUUACUAUUAGAGUAGUCAUUAUGGUAUACGACUUCUAGUCCAAGUCAGUUUUGUAGCCCUACCCAAAUCGGU